AUGACGGGAGGAGACGUAUAUGUGAUACGUAAUCUACCAUACAAUAUCGAAGAGACCAAACUUCAUCAAAUCAUAUAUCAAGAAUCACAAGCACAAGCAUCACCAUUCACUGUAGACAAUGUCAAGAUACUAGAGUUUGUUCAAGGUGCUUUGAGAACCAAAGAAUCCAAUAUACCUUCAAGAUGUUAUGUCAAAGUGUCAAAUGAUAAGAUUAGAUCAUUUAUAGAUCAUAUGGAUGGUCGUCCAUUUGUCAAUAGUCGUGGUGUAGAGGAACGUGCGCUGCUUGAAAGAAUCAUAUUUGAUAUCAAUGUCGACAAGACAACAAACAACAAACACGUCAAUACCAUUGAAUCAAGUACUACUUUUAAACAAUUUCUACAACAACUCAAUGCUCCACUUCCACCUCCCCCCAAAAUUGAAUCACUUACUGAUCAUCUUGAUAAGAGUAAGAAAUAUGAAUAUCUAUAUAUCAUUGAUGACUUUAUUGAUCUAAUAUAUAUUAAUGUUUAUUUUUUGUUUACCUUCCAAUUGCUAGAAACAACUGGACCAUCAGCAAUCAUUCAAUCGAUUACUGCAAAGAAAAAGAGUAUCAAAAAGUCGUCGUCAAAGAAGAGUAAAUAA